UGUGCAUUGUAUUAUCGCACUUUUGUGGCUGCAAUGUUUCGAGCCUUCCUUAAAUUACCGGGCGCUGGAAGAUCUUUUGGCAUUGGCGCAAAGCGGAGUAGCUACAUUGCUGCCGGCCUGACCGGUUUUGCGGGCGCCGGCUUGGCAGCAACAACCUUCACAGUUCAGUGCGAAGAGAGAGGCAAGAGUGAGAAAAACCGCGUUGGAUGCUUAAAACUGAAAAAUGGUCGAUCGAUUUUCUACAAGACAUGCGGAGAGGGAGUGCCCGUUUUUGCCUUUCACGGCAUGGGCAGUGCACACACUACUUGGGAUCAAGAGAAAGCAGAGCCGGGAAUCCAGUUGAUCGCAAUCGAUCGGCCUGGCUAUGGUGCUUCCUCACCACCACCAACAGGGUAUAGCUACAUGCAAUUCGUGGCUGACCUCGCUGAAGCGGCUGACCAGCUGGGUUUGGAUCGCUUUUGUGUCGCAGGUCACUCCUCAGGGGGUCCAUAUGCACUAGCGGCCGCUGCCUUGCUGCCAAAGAGAGUGGUUGCUUGUGCUGCAGUUUGUUCAGAUCCACCUUACAAUCAUCCCAAAGUUCCGGAUGCCGUGCGCCAAGCGGAUGAAUUUGCUCGACCCCUCUUCGGCACGGUCGACAAGCGGCUCGCUGAGCUAGGUUUCGACAUCAAAAAACCUGUAGCUCCAGUGGCGAAUUAUGUGGCCUGGCGCAGGUCGUCCGGCAACGUGGUCUACAUUUCAGGCCAGAUCCCUAAGGAUGGUGAUUUGUUGCACAAGGGCCAAGUUGGUGGCAAUCUUGAUGUGAAAGCAGCUGUGCAGGCUGCAAGAUUGUGCGGAUUGAAUUUGGUGGCACAGAUGAGAGAAGCUUGCGAUGGGAAUUUGGAUCGAGUGAAGAAGAUCUUGCAGGUCCAAGGUUUUGUUGCGUCUACACCUGAGUUCACAGGUCAUCCACAAGUGAUCAAUGGAGUAUCAGAUUUGCUGGUCGACAUUUUCGGCCAGGAGGUCGGCUCACACAGUCGUUUCGCUGUUGGCUGCAGUUCCCUUCCCCUAGGCGUCCCGGUGGAAGUGGGUGCAGUCAUUGAGAUCGACGACGAUGAUGCCGCCUAUCGCCCCACGCGCCAGGGCUUCUAUGGGGUGGAUCCGGUCAUGAAGUGCCGCCAGAUGGCGGAGGAUGCUGACCCCAAGCGGCAAUAUGCCUGGCAGCAAGGGCCUUUAGGUUUCGUGACGGACUACACCUUGGAACGGCUACCCUGGUCCUUCGCCGUGGAAGACAUCAAGUUGGGAGAGCGCUUGACGAUCUGGUUUGGGGAGAAGGAUUUCCCUGCGAUUCUGCUGGGCGCGCCCUUUCUCCAAUCUCUCAUCGCGGGUUCAAAGAUCCGAAUGGUGCCCAAUGGAGACCAUGGAUUCAAGAGAGAUCCUGAACAUCUCUCUGCCAUCCUGCAAGAGCUCAAGACCCACUGGGACAAAUCCUCCUAAAAAAGGGUGAGCGAAAUAGAUAUCGAAAUAUGUUGACAUAUUCUUUGCCAAGGCGUAAAGAUGCGAAA